ACGAAUAAUCGAAACGUCUCGACGGAAGGCGCAGUUGGCGCACAAGGCUGGGGACGACAAACAGCGGCGAUAGUAGUCGUAGGCUACAUCAAUCGAAAAUGGACAGUCGGCCGUCACCACCACCAAACUCAACUCAAGGACCGGCACCCCAGGACUACGGCCAUGGACUCUCCCGCUCUCUGGUGACGACCGCGUACGCCGUAUCCAUACUCCUGUUCGUCAUUGGUACCAUUUCGAUUAUCCUGAGGAUAUACUCCAGGGCGGUCGUGGUAAGGCUAUUUGGUCUGGACGAUUGGUUGAUGACAAGUAUUCUCGUCUUUCAUUCUGGGCAACAUGCUAUCCUCAUGCUCUUCUUGCAUUAUGGGGCGGGAUUACAUAACAGUGUGCUGAUGGAAACGGACCCCGGAAGUCUCGCCGUUCUCCCCAAGGUCCUCCUCGCCGAACAAUUCUAUUAUGCAUUUAUGCAAUUCAUCAUCAAGAUGUGCAUCCUAGCGUUCUACCUGCGCCUCUCACCACUCCAGACAUUCCGCAGAGCCGUGUAUGGUACCAUGGCACUCAAUACCGUCUGCACGGUCGUGAUCUGGCUGGUGUACUGUUUGCAGUGCAUACCUUUGAAAGGGUUCUGGGCUCCGACCGUCAAGGCGAAGUGCUUGCCGCCAUUGUUCUUGAACUUUUUUCCGGCGUCGCUGAACAUCGCAACCGACGUCGUCAUCUUCAUCUUGCCUUUGCCAACACUGUUCAAACUCCAGACUAGCCUCAGACGGCGGGUUGCGGUGAUGUCGAUAAUGAGCGUCGGCGGCAUCUCCCUGAUCGUGUCUUGUCUCCGACUCAUCGUCCUCCACCAAUUCGCCGCCGACCUAGACUUUGCCUACCUCCUGGGCAAAAUGGUGAUCAUGUCUGCUGCCGAGCUCGAGACGAUGAUCGUAGCGGCGAACAUCCCGUCCUACAAAGCGCUCUGGGUGCACGGUCUAGGGUGGAAAGUCUUCUGGGGCAGUACUCGGAACGAGAGCACCGGUGGAGCCCAGAAGCUCAGCGGGUACGAGCUCACGCACCACAGCCGGCUGCGCGCGCCCACGAAAGAGAUCGGAAUCGACACCGAGAUCGGCCUGCACGAUUCCCAGGAAGAGCUGUGUAAGAAUGAAGCGGCGGCGGCGAGGGCAGGCGGCAUACAGGUCUCGAGAGACUUCACCGUCACGAGUGAUAGGUGUGGAGAGAGGGACGCGGCGAAGUUGGAUAAAGAGAGGAAUCGAGCGUAUUAUGAUGUCGGCAAUAGUUGAUGCAUGGAUGUAACGGUAGAGAUAGGGAUGGAUAGACGCAAUCAUUGCAACAGCUUUUUUUUUCCUUCCUCUUCUGCUUUUGUUGCGGCAUUCGGUGUUCGACGGGUCUGGUCAUGAUAGUUUUAAGUACACCAUACGUUUCCUGUUCCCACCAGAGGCCGAGACGGCUGGCCCCGACAGGUUGAAGGAAUCGAUAUCACUCGUGG